AUGGACAAUUCUGAAGAAAACAGCUGGAGAGGAGAAGACCGCAGAGCAAGUACAACGUCUUCUGUCUACGCAACUUCCACUAUUUAUCAGCCAAAUGUUUCUACAAUGAUACAAUCUGUAGCCACCAUAAUUCAUUCACAAAUGAUUGAAGAUGUCAAUCUUGGGCGAGAAAUUCAGUCAUCUUCAGAUCUUUUUUAUUUCAGUGAGGAAAAAUAUAUCAGAGAAAACCCUGACGCCUUCGAUGAGGCGCGUUUAGCUUUGCUCAGAAAGAUGCCUACAGUUGAUGACAUUUAUGAAUUCAUGCGAGCUUUAUAUGAUUGUGCACAGUUUAGCCCUGAGUGUUGCAUAAUCUGUUUGGUUUAUAUAAACAGACUUAUUGCUUUUACAGGACUUCCAUUACACCCAACCAACUGGAGGCCAAUUAUUCUAUGCUCUCUUCUAAUAGCCCAAAAAGUGUGGGAUGACAGAUAUCUAAGCAAUGCUGAUUUUGCGUACAUCUAUCCGUUUUUCAACACUGAAGAAAUAAACACUCUUGAGAAGAGAUUUUUAGAGCUCAUCAAUUAUUCGGUCACAGUAAAAGCAGCACUUUAUGCCAAGUAUUAUUUCGAAUUGAGAGGACUUUUUGCUGAUAACUUGGCAGAUUUCCCAAUAAGACCUUUGGAUAACACGAAAGCAAGAGAAAUUGAAGGGAGAUCAGAGUGGAUUGGGAAAGUUGAAAAGGAAAAAUCGAUAAGCCAAACUUCAAAAGAUCCAAAGCCUGGCCCAAGUUCUUAUUAGGUAACACAAUAUUAAAAAUGUCAGUUAGGAAUAGGUCCGGGUCCUAUCAUCCGAGCUUAGUGAGAGAAGUCAAGCUUAUUGAGAGUCUCGGCUUGAAGAGAGGAGGUCGGUGCUGAGGCUGGUACUGACUAGAGAAGUCUUAACGGACUUAUUAACUUUAACGGUUUGACGGUUAGGCCGGUCCACCUACCGUUAUUCAGAGCUGUUAAUGUAGCUUGGACCCUCAAGUAAAAGAAGACUGAUGGCAAUUUGCUAGAGUAAUUCGUUAACUUAAACUUAUUACGUAAUCAAUUAA